AUCCCUAAACAUUCCCCCUGUUCCCCCCAUUUAUUGCUCCCACACUCUUAACGCAAACCACAUGUAAUUUUGAGCGGCUACAUACUGGUGGAAUAUCUGAUCUACAGCUGCUUGUUCUGGGGUGAGAUUGUUUGAACACGAUAAGGACUGAAGGAGAACAGAUUUGGGCUGUACUAACAUGGCAUCUCUGAAAGCUGUCCUUUUCCUGGGAGUUUGUCUUUCUGCUUGGAUCGUCAUAACUGCAGAGCAGCACUUUGGGCCUAAAGUCGAGAACGUUCACUGGUUGUCUCUGGACUUUAAAACCAUCCUGAAAUGGACUGUUAAAAAAUCUAACCACACAUACCAGUACAAUGUCCGGUUCUCUGAGGACGGUGACCUCCAUUGGAACGACUGUGAGGACUGCAGCGCAGUGUCAGAUUUGGAAUGUGAUUUUUCCAAUGAACUCAGGCCCUUUGACAGGACUUACACUGCUGACAUCCAAACCCUACCUGACACCACGGACUAUGACCCAGAAGAGUUACCUCACACUCUUUCCCCACCCUUCAACCCCUAUAAGGACAGUAAAAUCAGUGCUGUACAAUUCACUGUGGAGCCUGUAGAUGAGAGGAGAGUAACUGUCAACAUCACAGAUACUCUGACCAGUGUCCAUGUGAAUGGGAAGCAGCUCACCAUCAGAGAUAUUUUCAAAAAAGACCUCAAGUAUAAGAUCAGCUACUACAAGUCUGGAAGCACAGGCAAGAGAGACAUCAAAUCUGACUUGAGUAUGGCAGAGGUAUCGAAGCUGGAUGCAGGACAGAGUUACUGCUUCAUGGUAGCAGCUUACAUCUCCUCAAGAACCACCAAUCAGGGAGCCUGGAGCCAACAGUUGUGUACGAAGGGAUACAUAGGUGUCCUGCAAGAGCUGAGUAUUGGAGCGUGGGUUGGUGCAGUCUUCAUCCUCCUCACAGUCAUCAUCCUCAUUUCUACAGUGACGGUACUCUGCUACAGACGUUACAAACAAAGAUACGAAACCACGCAGACAUCUCAGGCAUCAACACCUGUUUAGUGUGUGUUUAGGUGUUUUUCCAACACAAGAAGCUGGUCCCCAAUCAGUUCUGUCUCUUUCCAUUUUGUAGGAGAACAUUAUUUAGAUUCCAAUGUAUUGUAGUAACAAUUUACGAAUUUCUUUUUUUAGAUUUACAGUCAAACUUAAGUUACAUAUUGCUCUGAUGAAACAAUAAGAAUCCUUCUUUUCAUGUAAUAAUAACCUUUAAGCAUCACCUCUGUAUUUCUGCCAUUUGUCCCAUGGUUUUGAGUGGCCUAUCUGGACCCACAAUUCCAUCACAACUUCAUCCCCCAAACUUAACCGAUCUUCUUUUAACCCAGUCUGCCGCUCCAGCUAACAUCACACUGUUUUCUCAAACAUGCUUUUAGUUUUUUGUACCUUCUGCCAAUGCAUCUUUUCCAUUAAGUUCCCUCACAGUUCUCUCUUAAGUAGGGUCUAGUGUCCAAUUAUAGUACAUCAGCUCAUAACUCAUCUCCUCUACUAAUUCAAUUUCUGCAAUACUUUAAGCCUUAUGUGAUUCAGAAUCAUUAUUCUGUUAUUUUUUUAUUUCACAAGAUAAAAGUUUGUUGAUCAAAAAGAUGUGAAACCAAUAAAACACGUGAAAUGUU